AUGGACCCAUUGAAGGAGAUUGCGUUUGACCAGCACGUCAUUGUGACGCUGCCCUCGGAGAAGGGCAAGAUUGUUGAGUUGAAGGCGAACGGUUCUGUGUCAUUGGGGAAGUUUGGUGCGUUUUAUGUCAACGAUGUAGUUGGGUACCCAUUGGGGACCAAGUUUGAAAUCUAUUACGAGGAUCAAGUUGCAGGGACGGAGGAGUAUGCGCCCCUGACGAAGCGUGACACGAAGAAAGUGCCCAUUGGGAAAGUCCGAGUGUUGGAGCGGGAUACUAGUUUAGCGUCGUCUGCUCCGAAUGUUUCGACGCGGGAGGGGACAGCGGAUAACGUUGAGUUGGCGAAUGUGAAGAGCAGCGAGAACAAUCGGGACUUGAUAAACCUCGGGAGCGAGAUCCAGAAGAUGUCGGCGUCUGAGAUCGAGGAGUUGAAGAAGCAGUCGAUGUCUAGUAACGAGAUCAUUUCUAGGAUUAUAGAGUCCCAUGGGUCCUUUGACAAGAAGACUGUGCACUCUCAGGAGAAGUACUUGAAGCGGAAGAAGCAGAAAUUCAACAAGGAGUUCACGAUCGAUUACUUGAGCAGUUCCGCGUUACUCGAUUUCUUGAUUGAAAAGGGUGAUAUCCAGAGGGUAUUGGAUUUAUCUGAGGAGACGAUGGGGAUGCUUUUGAACCUGGCCAAUGUGCGUGCCAACGGGACGUACCUGUGCAUGGACGAGACCGGUGGACUUGUGGUGUAUGCGAUGAUGGAGAGGAUGUUUGGCGGCACGGACUGUGCAGACGCAGUGGGCACUAUUGUAGUUCUUCAUGAGAAUGAGCAUGCCAAUUUGGACUUGCUAAAGUUUUCCAAUUACUCUGAACAGUUUAUUGGUGAACGUAUUGUGACAGUCUCUCUGUUAGAUUUUUUUGAGCCCGCGAGGGUAGAGGAGAUCGAGUCCCGGUUCCAGCCACUUCCGAAGGAGGAAGUGUUUGCAUUGAAAGCUGGUAAGAAGAACACAUACUAUCGGAAAUUGAAAUGGUACAAGACCCAGAUGCGGCUGUUGAAGUACACGACGGAUGUCGCUCAUGAUGGACUCGUUGUGGCGAGCACUCUGUACUUACCGGAGCUGAUACCGUUGCUAAGUGAUCGAGUACACGGUUCGCGACCCGUUGUUUGUUACAGCCAGUUCAAGGAGACCCUGCUGGAACUAUCGCACGUGCUGUACGCUGACCUUCGGUUCCUUGCGCCCACUAUCUACGAGACCCGGUGCCGGCCGUACCAGACGAUACGAGGCAAGUUACACCCUUUGAUGACGAUGCGUGGUGGUGGUGGGUACCUCCUGUGUGCACACCGUGUGAUCCCCACGGACCCGGAGAAGUAG